AUGUCCGAACAAAGUGAUGAUCAUUCCUAUACAAGUAUAGACCAGAAACUUGCUCGCUUAUCUCCAAUACCCUCUGAACAUAACCUCUUCAGAGUGUAUGAUCAUUUGUGCAGGAUAAAUGUGAAAGCAUACGAACCUGAAAUAAUCGCCACUGGUCCAUAUCACCAUGGGAAACCCAACCUGCAGGCGAUGGAAGAACACAAAUUGCAUCUUAGUGAUAAUGAGUUUGUGGAAAUGAUGCUUCUUGACGGAUGGUUUCUCCUCGAGUUUAUCGUAAAAUACAAUUUCCAUAAUUUGGUAAACGAGGGUGACCCUCUCACCAUGAAUCAGAUGGUGUCUCAUAGAAAUGUUGUUGGUGAUGAUGAUGAGGAGUGGGAGUUCAUAAAUUGUACCACAGAACUCCAAGAAGCCAGAAUUCAGUUAAAGGAGGCAAAGGGAAGUGUUAGUUUGUUGGAUAUUAAGUUUGAUGAUUCAUAG